AUCGAACCCGUCUUAUUUUUAGCAAUUAGCCCUAGGGCACCAUCACCUAGGCUUCGAACUUUGCAGCUCAUUUUUUUCGCGUCUACGAACGGAGUGGUUAGCCCAGCCGCACUAAUUCCUCUCUGCUCUUCGCCUUUACUAAUACUCAAUUCUCCUGCUUAGAGAGGAUUCUCACCUUUUUCUUCUCCUCAAAGCUAUGCCAGCCAAGGACAACUUUCAAGGUGUUUCAAAUUGCUAUGUUUUCAAAAGCCGACUGCAGGAAUAUGCACAAAAAGUGGGACUUCCCACACCUGUAUACGAGACUAUCAAAGAAGGUCCUUCCCAUGAGCCAACUUUUCAUUCUACGGUGAUUGUUAAUGAUGUUAGAUAUGAUUCUCUACCGGGAUUUUCUAAUCGCAAGGCAGCAGAGCAGUCAGCUGCUGAAGUAGCUCUUAUGGAACUGUCUAAAUCCAGUGAUCUUAAUCCACAUGUCUCUCAACCCGUGCAUGAAACAGGACUAUGCAAAAAUCUGCUUCAGGAGUAUGCACAGAAGAUGAACUUUGCAAUCCCACUAUAUCAAUGCCAAAAAGAUGAUGGUCCAGGCAGAGGAUCCCUUUUCUCUUGUACUGUAGAAAUUGGAGGGAUCCGCUACAUUGGUGCUGUAGCAAAAACAAAGAAAGAAGCAGAAAUUAAAGCUGCAAGAACUGCUUUGUUAGCAAUCCAAUCUUGCCCGAAUUCAUUGUCUGCAAAAUCUGUCAAUCAAGUUCAGCUCACUGUGAUCCCAUCAUGCAAGCGAAAAGAAGCAGCAGAUUGCUCAGUUACACCAAAGUCCACUGCAGCGCCCAGAGCAAAGAAAGGUCGAUUUAAGAGAGGAGUGUUAAGGAAGAGAGGCUUCAGAAAUGGAUUAGUCAAUUUGGACUUUAACAACAUUGAUAGAUCAGCCUUGGAACCUUUUACAACUGAGGCCGUCCAGUUGCCAGGGUAUGCGGGACCUGUUGAUUUAGCAAAAGAUACUUUGCCGAAUUCCGAGUCUAGAACGACUGAUCUAAGCUCAAGUAACAAUGACUUUUUGGUCUCCAACGUCCAAAGUGACAUGCCUCCGCACGUAAAUAGUAAUUUCGGAAAUGCUUGUUCGGGUACUCUCAAUUCCAAUCAAGUAAACUGUGCAACCUCUAACGUUAUGAGUUUUCCUCUCACCGAUGUUCAACCAACUUGUAGUGAAGUAGGGAAUGUGGCUGCUGGAGUAACAGGGGAGCUUCAGUGAUUGACAGUGCUAUUAAGAGCUAGCUUUGUGUUUAAAGCCACUCCUACUUACUAAAUCCGAACGGUGCAAUGUGCUUAGCUUGGUUUUGCAGUUUGGGGUAAGUAGUAAAAUUGAAGAUUCUUGAAUAGCUUUACUAUUAAAAAGCUUAAGAGGUUGAAUUUAUUGGACUGAAGAUCUGAGAUCAGGCAUUUAAGUGGCAAAUAUCCGAGAGCACUUGCUAUGAUCAGAGCGUUGUGAGAUUUAGCUUUUAGUAGAAAUCAUACUUUGAUAUUGUCAUGGCUGUAGUUUCAUGAUAUCUAUCCUUAUAAUCUAUACCUUAACUUCACGACCAGUGUUAAUAUUAUUAAUAUUAUCUAAAUCAUAUCCUGUUUCCAAA